CCAUCAUCAUGUGAUUUACAUUUUGCAUACAGUGACCUGUUCAAACAGCUAGUCAUCACCAGCAAGAGAGACAUAUCUCAAGACAGUGUGUCUUGGGUGUCUGAUGUUCGCGGUCACUCACUCAGUCCCACACUCACCAUGGCUUGGACAAAAUAUCAGCUCUUUCUCGCGGGUCUGAUGCUCACCACGGGUUCUAUCAACACACUAUCCGCAAAAUGGGCUGAUAUGUUCUCUGCACCUGGAUGUUAUGGUACACAAGAUCAUAACUUCUCCCACCCUUUUGUACAGGCUGUAGGAAUGUUUUUGGGAGAGCUGUCCUGCCUGGUGGUGUUCCACAUUCUCCUUUGUUAUGAUCGGCGCAAACCCGAGCCCACGAUGGAACCAGGCCAGAGUUUCAACCCCCUGCUUUUCCUCCCCCCUGCCCUUUGUGACAUGUUGGGAACAUCCAUCAUGUAUAUCGCACUGAACAUGACCAGCGCCUCCAGUUUCCAGAUGCUGCGAGGAGCUGUGAUCAUCUUCACCGGACUGCUGUCUGUAGCUUUCUUAGGACGGCGUCUGCUGCCCAGCCAGUGGAUUGGGAUCCUAAUCACCAUCCUUGGUCUGGUGGUGGUUGGACUUGCUGACUUUCUAAACGGCCAUGGCAAUGACUCCCAUAAGCUCAGUGAAGUUAUCACAGGGGACCUUUUGAUCAUCAUGGCACAGAUUAUUGUUUCAGUCCAGAUGGUCUUGGAGGAGAAGUUUGUUUACAAGCACAAUGUGCAUCCACUGAAGGCUGUUGGGACUGAAGGUUUUUUUGGAUUUGUCAUCCUCUCUCUCCUCCUGAUUCCGAUGUUCUACAUCCAUGUGGGCAGUUUUGCAGAUAACCCACGGCAGGUCCUUGAAGACGCCCUGGACGCCUUCUGUCAGAUUGGCCACAAACCUCUCAUUAUCCUGGCACUGCUGGGGAACACUGUGAGCAUCGCAUUCUUUAACUUCGCUGGCAUCAGCGUCACCAAAGAGAUAAGUGCCACCACUCGCAUGGUUCUGGACAGUCUGCGUACUCUAGUCAUCUGGGCGGUGAGUCUGGCGCUGGGUUGGGAGAAAUUUCAGGGCCUACAGAUUCUUGGCUUCAUCAUCCUACUCGUGGGUACAGCGCUGUACAAUGGACUCCACAAACCCUUGAUGGACAAACUGCCCUGCAGCCGCAGAGAGCAGAGAGCAGAGGAGGAAGACACUCCUGAAAGAGAGAGACUGCUUGGUGGAGGAAAAGCUACCCAGGAGAGCUAAUUUUGGACGCUGAACAAAAUGCUGUCCACAAAGAAUUUUCUUAGUUUUAACAGUUGUUUCCAUUUUAAGAGAGAAUCACAUUUUAGUAUUGUUUUAGAAGUCUGAAUCAAUAUUUGGGAACCAACACUGCUUAUUGCUUAACGCCACUGGGCAUUGUGAGAAUUUGUCAACUAAAAAAAAAGAAUGAAAAAGGGAUAGUAAUGCUCAGAUUUUUAAAAUGGUUUUGUAUCAGACUAUUACUUUAUGAAAGGGAUGGAAACAAAUCAUUUUUUACACGAUUUUAAUGCCAAAAGAACCUUUAGAAUACUGUAAUAUUUUUAAUGUUUUUAAUUCUGUGUUUAAUAGGUUUUAAAACAUUUUUUUUUGUUACAUGAUGUGCUGUUGAUGGGAGCACAUUAUUUCUCUAAUCAUUUUAUUUGAGGAAUGUUAUUAAUUAUCUGUGAAACGGGUAUUAUGUACUGACAUGAAAAUCUUCUUUUAGUCCAUGGUAGUUUAGUUUCUUUGUUAAAAAAAAAAGAAAGAAAAGUAACCAUAAUCUCAAAAACUGUCAUUUUUACUAAAUGUAUAAAGGUAUAAAGCAUUGAUAUCUUCUGUGUUCCAUUUGAUUGACUGCAGUUCCCUCUGCAUGAAUUUAUAAAUUCCCUCUCAAAUUCUUGUAAGAAACAUUUUUUUUACGUUGUGGAUGGAUCUGUUUGUGGUACGUGAAAUUAACAUGAAGAGGACAACUGUUUCACUCAGUGACUUGUAAAUGGCAUUUGAUCAAUUACAUCUACUGCAUGUGUAACAAACCUAUUGCCAGUUUCU